GUUUUGUACUAGAAUUAUUAAACUGGUGGAAUAAAAGCCAUAAUUAUGUCUAAAUGGUUUUUGUUUGUUACUGUUCUUGGGCUUAUUGCUAAGGGAUAUUCGCUACCAAACCCUAAUGUGCGCAUAGUGGGGGGCCAAGAUGCGCCCGAGGGCCGUGUGCCUUACCAAGUGUCCCUACGGGUAUUUGGCUCGCAUGUUUGCGGAGGAAGCAUUCUCAACAAGCGGUGGGUGCUGACUGCUGCGCAUUGUACUGAGAGCACGGCUCACUGGCUGAUCUCAGUAGUGGUGGGCACAACGAGUCUCACUAAGGGUGGAGUCCGUUACUCAGUGGACUUUGUCUCCGUGCACGAAAACUAUGACAGCCAGGUGAUCACGCAAGACAUCAGCCUUAUCCACGUGUCCAAAGACAUAGUGUUCAACGCUUUAGUGCAGCCUAUCGCACUGCCGGACUCCGACACUGAAGACGGAGCGCCUCUGUCCCUGAGCGGCUGGGGCCGGAUCGCAUAUCCAGGCAAUCUUCCUGACCACCUUCAGAUAAUCAACCUGACCGCGUUGAGCGUACAAGACUGCCAAGAGCGUUUGUCCAGCAUCAACCCGGUGUUUGAGUCCCAGAUAUGCUCCCUGACUCAAGCUGGUGAGGGAGCUUGCCAUGGUGACAGCGGGGGCCCUUUAGUGGAAGGGGGGCGGGUUGUGGGGGUGGUGUCAUGGGGCAUGCCGUGCGCACGCGGCUACCCCGACGUGUACACACGCGUGUACUCCUACACCACCUGGAUUCUUGAGCGGAUCUCGACCGAUGACUAGCCAUGUAACUAAAAUAAUGGCCCAUCUUGUUUUAAAAUAGCUUUUUCACUUCUCAUGCUCGUAAAGUUCAACUUUAAGUCGUGCGUAGACGACAUAAAGUUGCUUAUUAUGUUUUAGAGCAUAAAGUAAAAAACAUCUAUUACGACCCUUAUUGUCUUAGCAAUAAAGUCCAAAAUCUGCCAUAUAAACUGCCAGCCCUGCCGGCGCUGACGGAGCUCUACAAUUUUCUUUAGUCUUGAAUAAAUAUGGUAGAAUA